GGAACCUCCCUCAUCCCUGUCCUGAGUCCAAAUGCCCUCUUCUUGGAAGCGACCCAUGCUCCUGUCUGUACAUGAAGACCCCGUGCCCACCAUGGCCUCUUUGGGGUUUUCAUCUUCACACUGGAUGGAGGUAGAGAUACUGGGUGAGAGAGCUGAAGAAGAUCCUAGAGUGCCUGAAAAGGAGGGCCUGUCUGGAGCACCAACCUAGCACCAACACUAGGUAAGAUCAGCAAGAAGAGCAACAGCUGGAGAAGUGAACACUGGCCUCAUGUGCCCCAAGCACCGGGACUGGUGUUCUGUGAAGAGGCCCUGCUCACAGCCCAACCUCUGUGUCCUCAGCAGGAGAGGCGCCCCGCUAGCCUGAAGGCUUUUCCAUAAGCAUCCACUAGUCAUGUUGUUCUCUGUGUCCUGGCUCUUCCACCUUUUUUCACUUAGGGGACUGACUCAACCAAGAGAGCUCAGCCAGACUAUGAGGAUGAGCCAGCCCUGACUACACAUGUGGGAGCUAAAAAUAGAGCCCACUCAAGAAAGCCUCAUGAAAGGUCCACCCUCUUCUCACCUCUCUUUGGCCCCUGUGUCACCCUCUCCCAUAUUCCAUUGCCCCAAACACAAAAGGGACCCUUUGCUCCCUGCUCCUAGGCCAGCUUCCCACUAUAGUGAGGACAAACCUGUUAAAAAAAACAAAAAAACAAAAAAACCAAACCAAAACAAACAAACAAAAAAAAAACCUCUCCUUCCUACCCAUGGUGGCCCCAGGCCUGACCCAGACACCUCAGAUUCAUUCCCCUCCAAACCCAGCUUCAUCAGCCCCCACAAUGCUUGUGGGAAUGGUCCCAUCCAAACCUGGCCUUUUGUCCUUGGCUAUUCUCAUUCCUGUGGACACGUCAACAUAUCUUCCGGGUCAGGGAAGCUGACAGGCCCUCCCUCUUCACACCAGAAGGGUCCUCCUGAGAGGAGUCAGUACCGGGCAAGGCGACAUGUCCCCAGAACAGAUGCUUCUAGCCAUGGCCCAGUCAAGACUGCUGUGGAAUCAACAGAGCCAGCGCUGGCUAGCAAGGCCCAGCCACACUGCCAAGUAGAAAAGCCCAUGGCUUUUAAGCUUUUCUCAGGCUAAGCUACCCUUAGGAGUAUACAAAGCACCUACCAAACCCUGGCUGGCUCACCAUGCCCCACCUCUGGGGAGUCAUGAGGAAGGUGGGGGACCUUUUCACAGGUUCUAGCUCUCCCUCUUUUAUUUUAUCUUUCUGCAUGCAUGAUUUCACGGCCCCGAGAAGCAAGAAAAAACAACUGGAAGUGGUGCGAGCGGAUGUGAAAUCAUGGAAGCAGAGAGAGAGGGAGAAAAAAUAAACAAAAGCAGAUGAGAGGCCAGAUGCCAGACACAGCAGGAAUAUCUUUCUCUGGACGAGCUGGACUCACCUUUAGGAACAGAGGUCCAGCCACAAACCUGGGCAGUUUCCAGCAGGAAGAGUGAGAGAGACAGAAGAAUGUAGAGAGACGGCUGGCCAGUGGCCGGGGGACCCUGGCGCCCAGCUCUCAGAGAAGCCCAGGACUUCCAGCUUCUCUGAAAGCCAGGCCUAGGGUAGCUCGGUUUCAUGGGUGCCAACUCACACCAUAACCAAACCCAGAGCCGCCAACAAGGAUUAGGAAAAGUGCAGCUGAUCUUACUCAACGCCCGAGCCCUGCGUGAGUCAAACUUUUUCUGAGCUCACUGUUUGUACAACGGGGUCCACACUGAUGGAUUCUUGGCAAUGUCUCCUUCUCUGCUCAGAUUCAAGAGGAGAUGUUCUAGUGUGUUGGCCUGAGAACUUGUGGCCAAAUCCCAGACCUCCCGGGGCCAACAGGGACUCGGGAAAGCCAUCACUCAACAUAUCUACAGGGGUGAGCCUUGGGGAGUGUUGGCAGAGUUGAGAUAUGUCUUCGGGACCUAUUUACCAACACACAGUAGUUAGGCAAAAAUCAAGAGACCGCAAACAGCAGCAGAGAAAGUGUGAGAAGGUAGCUGAGAACCUCCUCCUAUCCCUAAGCGCCAAGUGAAAGGCGACGCCACGCCCCUUCCAAACCUCAGCCUCCUCUGGCUUCAAAGACUCACUUUUUGGGUAAUCCCCUGUGACAUCACGGGAGCAGAGGUGGUUUCAUUUAAGACCAGUGUGUGUCCAAAGAGCUGCCCAGGACAGAAACCUCCCGAGACAGCUGUCGCCACCAAAAACCCAGCCGAAGCUUCCGAGCUCUUUUGUUUUCUAUCCGGGUCACUGUGGAUGGCGUCCCAGGCCUUGUUGAAGCUGCAGCCCUCUAACCAAAGUCAUCAGGCCCCUCUCAACGUCACCCCCUGCGAGGGCGCUCCAGAAGCCUGGGACCUGCUGUAUAGGGUACUUCCAGGGUUUGUCAUCACUAUCUGUUUCUUUGGCCUCCUGGGGAACCUGUUAGUCUUGUCCAUCUUUCUUUUGCCUCGGCGUCAGCGGCGUCAGCGCUUAACCGUAGCAGAAAUCUACCUCGCUAACUUGGCAGCUUCUGAUCUGGUGUUCGUUCUGGGCCUGCCCUUCUGGGCAGAGAACAUCGGGAACCAUUUCAACUGGCCCUUUGGAACUGACCUCUGCCGGGUGGUCAGCGGAGUCAUCAAGGCCAACCUGUUCAUCAGCAUCUUCCUGGUGGUGGCCAUCAGUCAGGACCGCUACAGGUUACUGGUAUACCCCAUGACCAGCCGGGGGUUCCGGCGGCGAUGGCAAGCCCGAGCCACCUGCCUGCUCAUCUGGGUAGCAGGGGCACUCCUGAGCAUCCCCACAUUCCUUCUGCGCUCUGUCAAAGUCAUCCCCGACCUGAACGUCUCUGCCUGCAUCCUGCUCUUUCCCCACGAGGCUUGGCACUUUGCAAGGAUGGUGGAGUUGAACAUUCUAGGUUUCUUCCUCCCACUGGCCGCCAUCAUCUUCUUCAACUAUCACAUCCUGGCUUCCCUGAGAGGGCAGAGGGAAGCCAGCAGGACCAGGUGUGGGGGUCCCAAGGGCAGCAAGACCACGGGGCUGAUCCUCACACUGGUGGCCUCCUUCCUGGUCUGCUGGGCCCCCUACCACUUCUUUGCCUUCCUGGAUUUCCUGGUCCAGGUGAGAGUGAUCCAGGACUGCUCCUGGAAGGAGCUCACGGACCUGGGCCUGCAGCUGGCCAACUUCUUUGCUUUCAUCAACAGCUGCCUGAACCCACUGAUUUACGUCUUUGCAGGCCGGCUCUUAAGGACCAGGAUCUGGGAACUUUCUAAAUGAUGCACUCCUAGAGGUCUCAUUCCCGUACCUCCCGAUAGGGAAGAGCUCUUCCGACUGUCCUGCUGGGAUUGAAACAGCAGUGAGCCAAGAAGCCUGGCUUCUUGACCAACCAUCUCUGAUAUCAUAAAGACCAUCUGGUCAGCUGGCCCAUGGCCACAAAGAUGCUAGGGAAUGCUACUUACAGGGUAGCAAGACCUUCAUAAUGAAGCUAAGGAUAUGGAGAUUGGGCUGCCGGAAGUGUUUGCAAGACAGGGAAAGCAGAAUAAUAACAGGGAGGCCCUGUUAUUAUUAUAAUUAUAUUCUAUAAUUAUACAUUAUAUAUUAUAUAAUUAUAAUAACAGGAGCCCCUCCUUUUGAGGGGGGGGCCUUAGAGGGGCUGUAAUUGUGUGAAGACAAAAGCAGAAGUCAGAGUGUGAGGAAGGGGCCACAAGCCAAGGAUUGCAGCCACCCUUCGAGGCUGAAAAAAAACCACAGACAUCCUCUGUGGAAUCUCCAGAAAGAGCCAGCCUGGACAACAUGCUGAUUUCAGCCCAGUCCCCCAUGACUGUGA